UACUUGAAGACAUGCAAAAUGAUCUUAUCCCAGGGUGUAAUGGCAAGAACCAACCGUGAAAGGCAAUCUGAAUUGCAAGAGGUUGGAGAUUCACCACUCCGACGGGUCACAAGAGCCCUAGCACACAGCAGCCCCAAAACAACCAAUCACCCGGAGGUUAGUGCACCCUCUCCAUCGAAGCAAGUUGUUCCUAAACGGAUGACCGCUAGACGCAAGGGUGCCCAUGUCUCACGUCUUUUGGACUGCUUAAAAUCAAUUACCGAAGAGUGGGAGAGAGAGCGGGAUGCUCGGACGGCAGCAAGGGCAGAUGCAUCCUCCGUUCGACGUCCUUUAUUGCAGGAUUCACAGGAGCCAGAGCAGGACAAUUGUGGGCUUCCUGAUUCGGCAGAGAAGGUCGUUAUGGCUGACCUGAAGGAUGUCUGGCGCCAUUGGAAAUGCAUCAUCAAGUCUACAUACUUCGCACCACACCAGAAUGACGACGAAGCAUUGAAGAAAGUCCCCACCGAUCGGAUUGUCGCUGAAGAAUGGCCGUUGCUUGUCCAGUAUUGGAAGGAUAAGAAGGUUAAGGAUAUUGCAAGGAGAAAUACCAAUAACUCCAUCAAAAGAAAGUUUCCGCACAAGACUGGCCGGAAACCAUUCACAGCGUUGAUGGAUGAGAUAAAGGCAACAGGGAAAGAGCCUGAUAAUUUGGAAAUUUGGUCGUCUCGCACGAAUGGACGUGGUGGUGAUUAUGAGAUGACUGAUGAUAUUUUGGUAUGCAAACCUAUCUCACCUUUUGUUGAAUGGAAUGAACCCUGGCGGCUCGUGAGGCUUUGUACCGCAGUGCACUCGGGGGGAAAAGGAAUAGAAAAACAGCUGUUGAUAGUGCUGCCAGCUCUGCCUACCCCCCGGAGUCAUUUGACUGGAGGGCCCGAUGGUCCUGAUCUCCGAAAGCUUGCUGAGGACUAUCAGAAAGGCCUUGUUGAGAUUAGAGAAUUUAUGUCUGAAUUUAGGAGUGUCCGUGCUGAGAUGUCUGAAAUUAGAACCAUCUGUGCUGUGAUGUCUGCUUUGUUGAAUUCUUCUCCGCGUGCCUCCAUACGGGGCCUUUGUUCUAGCCGCACAGAUGGAAGGUCAGAGACCCCGGGGACUGAUGUCCUUACCCCGUUGACGAUCGGGUCUCGUAUUCUUCUCAUAUCUCGUGGUUUGAAAAAACGCGUUGUUGGUGAGGGGGUGUUGCUAUCUGACCCUACCCCAGGUGACACUGUUGACAUAGUAAGGGUUUUUGUUACAUCUGCUACUAUUCCGGAGGCUGCGCUUAUUCUAUGGACAACCUCCGGAGCACAAACACUCGGUGAGGUUGUCCGCGCUGAGCCAAUCGACUGGACAUUUAAAGAUCUUGUUCGUCGCCCGUAACUACGGUGUACGGCCACUUGACGGUGCAUAGGGCGUUGCAGCAUAGCAUGUAAUUCUAUGAUGAUUGACAUUUGUUUGUGGAUUGAUGCUAACUGAGUCCUUUAUGUUGGUUAAACUUGCUGUCUCUGCUACAUUUUGUGUGUUUGUUGCUACGCUUUGCCAUAUAUGUUAGGCUAUAUUGCGAAAUAUUUAUGUUUCUACACAGUGCGUACUUGCUACAACUUAUGGUGAUACAGAACUGCCGUAAU